UCUCUUGAACAAUUUUUGUCUCUGUCUUCUCAAUUCUUUCUUCUUCCACUCUCCUCAGUCCCACUGCUCCCUUGUUUUUCUCUACUCUUUUCCUCGCCUCCUCCUACGUUACUGCUAUUACUCUGUGAAGUCCAUGGGCCCAGAUGCGGAUAAUUUUGCUCCGAGUUAAACUCAUUCAGGGCUUUAGUUCUUACGCAUUUUUGUUUCGGAUUGAAGAGAAAUUAGGGCUUAGGGAUUUUGGUGUGGUAUAGUGAAUUCUGUUUUGGAGGUUGGAAUGGUGGGGAAGGAGGAUGCCCCAUCGGGUGGUGAAGGAGGUGGUGGUUGUGAGGGUGGUUUGCAGCGGCCGUACCCAGUUGUGGGUGGCCGGAAAUUGUUUUGGAGGUCCGCAUCAUGGUCCUCUUCGCGGACUACGUUGCCACCUCUUAACCCGUAUAGUGAAAAGGAUGGAUUAGAUCCACCUGAGAAUGCUAACGGUAAUGGGCAGGGUCGCAGAGUUUCUGGUCCUUUAACUCCGAGAUCCCAGAAUAGUUUUAAGAAUAGGUCGUGUCUCCCCCCACUGCAGCCAUUAUCAAUUGCUCGUCGGAGCUUAGAUGACUGGCCAAAAGCUGGUUCUGAUGAUAUUGGUGAGUGGCCGCUCCCUAGCACUCCUAGUGGUAGGGAUGUGAAUAACGGUGGAGAGAGGUUGAAGCUUGAUUUAUCUAAUAUACAGAGGAACUCAGAUAGGAAUGGUGGACUCGUUAAAAGAGAAAAGAUAGCUUUCUUUGAUAAGGAGUGUUCAAAGGUGGCUGACCAUGUUUAUCUCGGUGGGGAUGCAGUUGCCAGGGAUAGGGAUAUAUUAAAGCAACACGGGAUAACUCAUAUUCUUAAUUGUGUGGGGUUUGUCUGUCCUGAGUAUUUUAAGGCAGAUUUUGUGUACCGGACUCUGUGGUUGCAAGACAGCCCAACUGAGGACAUAACCAGCAUACUUUAUGAUGUUUUUGACUACUUUGAAGAUGUUAGGGAACAGGGUGGGAGGGUUUUUGUUCACUGUUGUCAAGGAGUCUCACGGUCAACAUCAUUGGUGAUUGCUUAUCUUAUGUGGAGAGAGGGGCAAAGUUUUGAUGAUGCGUUUCAGUAUGUGAAGGCUGCAAGAGGUAUUGCUGAUCCAAAUAUGGGUUUUGCUUGCCAGUUAUUGCAGUGCCAAAAAAGAGUCCAUGCUUUUCCUUUGAGCCCAAGUUCGUUAGUAAGGAUGUAUAGAAUUGCUCCGCACUCACCCUAUGAUCCCUUGCAUCUUGUUCCAAAGAUGUUAAAUGAUCCUUCUCCAUCCGCUUUGGAUUCUAGAGGCGCAUUCAUUGUCCAUAUUCCUUCUGCGAUGUAUGUUUGGAUUGGUAAGAAAUGUGAAAUGAUAAUGGAAAGAGAUGCUAGAGGUGCUGUUUGCCAGAUUGUUAGGUAUGAGAAAGUGCAGGGCCCUGUAGUAAUGAUUAAGGAAGGUGAAGAACCUUCUUUCUUCUGGGAUGCUUUUUCGAGCCUUCUGCCAUUGAUGGACAAAUCAAGUAGCAAUGUGGAUGUAGUAGAGGCAUCAAUCAAGAUUUGCCCUGGGAAUAGAAUAAUUGAUUCUUAUAGUGUUGACUUUGAAAUUUUUCAGAAAGCAAUCAUGGGUGGUUUUGUGCCACCAUUUGCGUCUUCAGAAACUGAACAGGAAACUCAUCUUCCAGCAAGAGAAAGUUCUUGGAGUGUACUGAGGCGUAAGUUUAUCUCUGGCAAUAUGAAGGAAUUUGUCUCAGGUGUUUCCAUAGUUUAUCCUGAUUCCUUGUUCAUUGUUGAAGAGCAAUGCAGAGCUCAGCAGUCCCAUUCUUCGGCAAGCUCCUUGUUAUCAUUGAUGCCAUCUUUGUCAUCGUCAUCAUCAUCGUCUGCAUCUUCAUCAUCCCUGUCAUCAUUGUCCUCCUCGUCGUCAUCAUCUUCUUCUUCACCUCCCUAUCUCUCUCCAGACUCCUCAUCUGAUGCAAGCAUUAAUUCGACAAUUCAGUCAGAUUCUCCGGACAUGUCUCCUUCAGCUGCAUCAGGUCCUGGUCUAACAUCUUCACUGCUUUCUAAUCUUUGUAAUAUGACACUUCUGUCGUCCAAAAUAUCUCCUCAGUCCAUAUCUAAAAGUUCAAAGUUCAUUGAUGUUAAUUUUAGUUCCGAAUCUUGUUUAAGAUCUGCGUCGACACCAUCCAAAAAAUUUCCUCUUUCCAUAGCUGAGCGCAGAGGCAGCUUGUCGAAAAGUCUUAAGCUGCAAAUGUUGACUGAUGAUUCUCAAGGAAGAGAGAUGCCUACAAAUAGUCUUACCAAUGAACAAGACACUGUAACAACAAAGCAUGAUGCUUGUUCUUUAAGUAAGUCCCUGGAGACACAGGAUUCUUUAGAUUCUGAGGAACAGGAUGUCAUGCAUGAUGAGUUGAAGCUUCAAUCGCCUUUAGGUACUGUUGGUUCAUGCCAUGCAGAUGCUGCCUUCAGAAAAAAUUCUGACCUGCAUAUUGUAAAUCAUCAUCUUGGGAAAGAGGAGUCAGCUAUCUCAAAUGGAACUCUAGAGAAUGGUAUGGCAUCUUCUGGCUUUAUUAAACCAAUAGUGUACCGUUGGCCCAGUUUGGAGAAGGUUGUGACUUUUGGUUCUGAUGACUUUGAUUCCCAAUCUGCAUUUGUGGUCAUCACUUCAAGUUCAUGUCCUACUUUUGGCAAAACUGGGGCGGGGAUUCUGUAUUUCUGGGUUGGACGACUUUUCAACUGUAAUUCAUGGAAUACUAAAUUAGAGAGCAAUCAAAAGUUUGGCGGUCUAGUGGAGUUUGACUGGAAGCAAGCCAGUUCAGAUGUCAUUUCUCGAUUGGGUCUGCCGAAUGAUAUUAAGAUUGAGAUUAUCAAGGAAAAAAAUGAACCUGCAGAGUUCCUGUCCUUGUUGAAGUUCCUGUCCUUCUUAAGAGCCUGAAUUAAGGAGGCAUUUCUUGUUGUUCAUAGAUGACUUCUCUUUGACACUUCUUCAGCUUCUACAAUUUGCUCUGCAAGUUUGCAGUGGUGGUGAACUUCCCUAAGAAUUGAAGGAUGCUGCAGUGUAAAUGCUGAGGUGGUUCACCUGGUUGUACAGAGCUUGACACCUGAUAAACUCUAGGCAUUUUCUUGCUGACACAACCUUGUAUAUUGAUUUAACUCAGAAACUGAUUUUAGGAUCCUCUAAAGGGAAGAUAGCUAGAAUAGAUUUUCCUUCUGCAGCUGACCUCUGUACAUCACCUUUUGGCUUUUGCUAACCGAAAGUCAGCAGCAAAAGCUUCUUAGAGACUUUGUAUUCUUCUCUCCAGUCUAUAGGAUUUAAUGAUUACCUAUCCCAAAUGUCCAUUAUGUAAUUGGAAAUGGCCUAUGUCUAACCAUCUCUUUAAUGCGUA